AUGGCUGAUGGUAGUGCUGAUCCUUUUCCAGAGUUGGGAAAAGUGUAUAGAGUGAAAUCUAAUCGACAGAACAAGAAAGGAGCUAACGAUAUCAAAUUCAAUUCUAAACAAAAUGCUGACUCUAGGCAGCCACAGAACCAACCCGGUGGAAGUGCUCCAAGACCUUGGUUUCCUCAGAAUUUUGGUUCAAAUGCAUGGGGAAAUCCAAAUGCACCUCACAAAUUGGUGAACCAGGGCAGUGACAAAUCAGCAGGUUUUAACAGCAGCAAAGUGGUGGACAAGAGCAAUUCCCAAAAGAACAUGGCAUGUGGAAAUGGAGUUUCUUGUGAAAUAAGUGAUGAAGAAACCGUUGAAAGUGAGUCUGAAAUUGUGUUUGAUAGUGAUGAUGAGCUUUCUUUAGAUGGCAACGAUGAAGAUACUCUCGAGAUAAGCCAUGAAGGGUGCAAGAAAAGCAAGUGGUUCAGAAAUUUCUUUGACAAAUUAGAUAGAAUGACCACUGAACAAAUCAAUUCACAAGAGAUGUCAUUGCAUUGCCCUGCAUGCCAAGGGGGUGUUGGGGCUAUUGAUUGGUACCAAGGGCUACAGCCCCUUCUGAUUCAUUCAAGGACAAUACAAUCAAGGAGGGCAAGGCUGCACCGAGUGUUUGCCGACACUUUGGAGGAGGAGUGCAACAGGAAAAGAAUUCCAUUGAGGGCAGCUAACGAAGCUUAUGGUAAAUGGGAGGGCCUUGAUAAGAAAGUAAAGGAUCAUGAAAUAGUUUGGCCUCCAAUGGUUGUCAUAAUGAAUACAAGACAUGAGCAAGAUGAAAACAAUAAGUGGUAUGGAAUGGGGAAUCAAGAGCUCCUUGAUUGCUUCAGUAACUAUGCUGCACAAAAGGCUAGGCACUCAUAUGGUCCACAAGGACACCGGGGGAUGAGUAUGUUGAUUUUUGAUGCAUCACCAGCAGGUUAUUUAGAAGCUGUGCGCCUCCACAAGCAUUUCAAAGAGCAGGGAAGAGACAAGGAGGCAUGGAAUCGAUGUCAGAAUCCAAUUGUUCCAGGUGGGAAGCGCCAACUUUAUGGCUACUUGGCUUCUAGAGAAGAUAUGGAUAUUUUCAACUGGCACUGUGCAGGAAAGUCAAAAUUGAAGUUUGAAAUGAGAUCAUACCAAGGCACGAUAGAGAGCAAGAUAAAGCAUAUAAAUGAUGAUAGUCGAUUGCUUGGAUAUUUUAAGGAUAAGAUAGCUAAAGAACAAUUGAAAUCAAAAGUUCUUGAAGAGUCUUUAUCUAGAAUGACUGGAAAAUUACGCAUCACAAUGGAAGAAAACCGUGUUAUGAGGGAGCGUGUUAAAGAACAUCAUCAAGAGAGCACAGAGGAGAUGGAUGCACAAGAGAUAUUUUUCAAACAGCAACUCCAAAUCAUAGAGCAAGCUAUAGUUUCAAAAGAAGAUGACUAUGACGUUUUGCAGCAAGCAAGGCUAGAAAAAGGGGUAGAGGAAAACAUACAUAGUGUUGAGAAAGUCAUUGGUUUCCUAAGUGUUGAAGAGAGCAGGAUGAAGCAAUUUGGGGAGGUGAGAAUUAAUAUUGCAAAAAUUUAUCAUCAGAAGAUGAUGGCUCUGAGGAAGAAGCAGUUCGAGGAGCAGCUUGAACUUGUGAAGGAUUUGGAAAAUGAACUGACUCAACUUUUGGACAAUGCUUCAGCCAUUUCUCAAGAAGAAAACUCUCAGAAAUGA